AUGGUACCACUUGUUCAGAUGAUACCUGCUGUAAUAGAAGAAAAUGGCGUGAUCCAGUUAUAUUCCUCAGAACAAAAUCCAAGAGACUCGAGCGGCCUAUCUGAACUUGAUCAAAUUUUGGUUGAGCAAGGCCCAGGUAUGGAAACAAAAAGAACUACUGCCGCUACUGGUCAGAUACAGAACAAAGCAGUAGCGAUAGCUUGGUGUCUGAUAAAUAGACUGGUAAAUUGCUUGGAAUACCCAAGAACUUGGUUGGAAGAGACACGUGGCAUGCUGAUGAUUGUAGCAACCAUGAUAUCAACCACAACUUUCGAAGCUGCAGUUAAUCCACCCGGUGGUGUUUGGCAAGACAAUAAUACAAAUAGUAGCGCUGGAGGUACUACUUAUUGCACCCAUGAUAACAUAUGCUCUGCUGGAACUUCAGUGGCAGGCAGCGGCUUCCCAAAAGACUUCCUCGCGUUCGUAACAUUCAAUACCGUCUCAUUCAUUGCUUCUCUCAGUGUCACCCUUUUGCUUGUUGGCGGAUUUCCCCUCCGGAAUCGUGUAAUUAUGUGGCUUUUAUCAAUGGCCAUGUGUCUCACUCUCACUUCUAUGGCACUCACCUAUAUACAUGCUCUCAUCUUAGUGUUCCCUAAUACUGAAAUUUACAAAUCAUAUGAAAAGAUAUCCAAGAUAUCCAUUGUGGUUUGGGAUACAUUGCUUGGGAUCAUAGCUGCAAUCCACACCAUUCGUCUUAUCAUUUGGUUGGCGAGGAAGUUGUGGGGCGGGUUCAAGCAUAAGAUCCCAAAAAGCCUCAGGAACGUGAUUGAUAGUUUGGUGGAUAGUUCGAGAGCACAUCACCGUACCAAAAAAUUCUGA